AUUUAUAUGUGUAAUCGAGUGCAAUAUUGUGUUCCUCCUAUUCAUAGCAAUUUAAAAAUACUGUUAUUUAGAUAUUAAAUAGAAAUAGAAUAAAUUUUUUUUAUUUUCGAUACUUUCGUGACUGUAUAAAUUUACACACGAUUGUCCUAACAAUUCCAAGUAUACUCUCACAUUUUAAAUUUAUUACUGGUUUAAUUCAAAUUUUCAUUACUAGUACAAUUCCAAUAACACUCUCAUUUCAAAUAUCUCACUAUAAUAUAUAAAUUCUGAGGAAUAAUGUCUCUUAUAUAACAUUAACAUAGCAUACGUGGCACUAGCAAAACCGGAUAUUUGAUAAUUCUAUAUAAUUAUCAAUGAUUAAGUCAAUUUCAUAAAUAUACUUCAUAGUACAUUCACUUUAAAAAUUUACAUGUUACAUCAGAAUAGUUUAUGAAAGACAAAACAAACUUACAAAGUUUACACAUGUAUUUAAUAAUAUAUAUGAAAACUGAGUACUUAAAUAAAAUUUUUGUAAAAUAACUCCUCUGACACAAAAUCAAUUCUAAAGAUUCCUUUAAUAAAUUUAAGAAUUCUAUAGCACAUCUAUAUCGUCCUAAUAACUAGUUGACUGUACUACUAGACUGUAUCUACUUAUAUCGCUUAUCAGCAAAGUUAUAUAUAUAUAUAUAUAUAUAUAUAUAUAUAUAUAUGUGUAUGAACAUGACAUAUGUAUGAACAUUCACAUGACUUCCUCCAGUUGCAGUAAGGUAUUCACAGAGUUUAGAUGCAUGUACUUUACCAGAAUUUUCCAUACAAUUUGCUGUUAUUAGGCAAUAAUAUGGCUACAAAUUUGUCCUAAAUAGAACUUAAUAAUCACUUAAAAUUUAAUAAAUUUCUCAGUAGAACAAUAUUUAACAGAUAAUACUGUACUAUGGAUGUAUGUGAAGAACAUUUUGAUAUUUCAAUAGAUGAAAAUGAAAUUACCAAUGGUGCUAAAGAUAUUAUAAAAAAGAUCAGACCAUCGUGGCCUUUACAGCAACUGCAUUUUAAGACAUUUACUGAUGGAAUAACAAAUAAAUUAAUAGGAGUAUGGUACUCGAAUCAUUACACAGACAUGGUUCUGAUUAGAGUCUAUGGCAACAAUACAGAUUUACUGAUUGAUAGAAAAAGCGAAAUAGAAAAUAUCCGGAUAUUAAACAAGGCUGGUUAUACUCAUUGCAUCUAUGCUACAUUUAACAAUGGAUUCGCUUAUCAAUUUUUGGAAGGUGAUACGUUGACAGUGGAAACGGUCAGGGACCCAAAAAUAUAUCCGUUAAUAGCAAAACGUCUGGCUGAAAUGCAUUCUCUUAAAAUUGACAAUAAGACUAUAUCAAAACAAGCGUUUAUUUGGGAAAAAGCAGAGAAGUUUAUGGAAAUUAUGCCGAAAAAGUUUUCCGAUUCCCUUAAACAAAAGAAAUUCGAGAUACUGAUACAACCCUAUGCAGUAUUAGAGAAAGAAUAUCGAAUAUUGAAGGAAGAACUUUCGACAGUAAACAGUCCAGUGGUAUAUGCUCACAAUGAUCUUUUGCUAACAAACAUAUUGUAUAAUCGACAGCAGGAGAGCGUCGUUUUUAUCGAUUACGAAUAUACUGCAUUUAAUUACCAAGCAUUUGAUAUUGCUGAUCAUUUUGCGGAAUAUGCCGGGGUCGAAGAACCUGACUAUUCUUUAUAUCCGGACGAAGAAUUCCAAAAAGUAUGGUUAAGAGAAUAUUUGCGAGUGUACAAUGCAACAAAUGAGGUAUCUGAGAAAGAAGUUGAUAAAUUGUAUUGGCAAGUUACUAAAUUCGCUUCUUUGCCGCACUUCUUUUGGGGCUGCUGGGCUCUCAUACAAAGCCAGCAUUCGACCAUUGAUUUCAACUUUUUAGAAUAUGCUGCAACACGUUUUAAUGAAUAUUUUAGAUGGAAAGAAAAAAUUUCUAAAUUGAAGAUAGAUAAUGAAUAGAAAAAUAGCAUUUUUUAACAGUCAACGGUUCAUUUCAAUGGAAACAUUUCUAUAUGAUAAAUGUAUAUUGUAUUUUGCUACUCGAUAGAUAUUGUAGCAUUUGUAUUUAUGUAAAUUAAUAGUUUUAUAUAGUAGUUCUAUAUUGUCACACAAUAUAUUUGUUUUAUAUAGUA